AUGCCUCAGAAAAAAGCCGGAAAAGAAGGCACCGCCAAACGCCCGCCAACAACUCCGAAUAAGAGUGAGAUGAAGAAAGUGAAAACCGACAUCUCCCCAGAGGUGGGCCGCCUCAGAGCCUCAUUCAACCAAGUGAAGCCCAAACUACGAGACGCAGGAAUCCCAUACAGCCUGUAUUACCCAGCGAAGAUGACAAUAACGGUGAAAGGAACCAGGCACGUGUUCACAGAGCCACAAGCAGUGGAGGAGUUCAUCCGUAAUAUCGCACCAACAGCCAACGGAGAUAAAGACGACUAA